AUGACAUCGCCGCGACAAUCCACCUCAGCAACACCUGCGACCGCUUCUACUCUCAGCAUGAUGGGUCAAGCUGCUCCUACGUCGAGCGACGUUGCACAUGCCGCCGGUCAGAUCUCGACAUCCGCGACACACGCACAGGAAAGGCAAGCUGCCGCCCUUACGUCCUCGUCGACACUCUCGUCUGCCACACAAGCAGCGCCCGGCUCGUCGCGCUUGCAACAACAGCAACAGGUCCAACUUCGUCUGCCAACUGCUGCGCAACGCCGACGCGCACGCGAACUUGCCACUGUCCUCUUGACCCUCGCCACUUGCCAAGGCUGUCACCGACCUGUGCAAGACCCCGUGACCUUGCCUUGCGGCCAUUCGUCGUGUCUCCAAUGUAUCAAGGAUCAUGUGCUGCCCCGAUCCAUUCCCUCCGAGGAGGAUGUGCGGCCACUUCCUUGUCUCACUCAUCUUCCUCCGCGUCUUCCUCUUAGCCCCAUGACCGUACCCUGCCCUGCACAAGGCUGCCCACGCUCCGCUGUUGGACGCGGAAUCGGCGUUUGGGCUGGUCAUCAGCCUCGAUAUGGUCUCAUCCCCACCUACACAGAAAGGCUUCCGGUAGACUCACAAGACAUCGGACCGGGAGCACCGCCUGUCGAUGGCUUUGUCAUGGGUGUCGCAGACCACCCUCUUCGACUGACCGUCAUUGGCCCUCAGACUCGAUCCAAAGCACAUCUCUUUGCCGUGCCGCCGCAGGGUGUCGAGCCCAACAACGCCAGCGCUCAUCACCAGACCGCCACCACUCUUCUGCCAUCCUUGGCGACCAGCAACAUGCUUCGCACCGACGUCACCCUCAGCAAAGCCGUCGCCAUCCUGAUGCGAUACGCCUCUUCCCCCCUGCCUCGACCUCCUCGUCAGCGACGCAGUCUGCCUGGCUCCAGCGGACCCUCGUCGGGCAGCAGCUCGAGGUCUCGCCAUUCUUCCAGGCGUGGCAGCACUGCUCGCGGAACCCAGAGUCAUCAUGCCUCCGCAACUUCUACACUCGGCCUUCGAGCACGAGCGAGCGCGCGCAGUCAAAGGGCGACGCAUGGCAGACAAGGGGCUCGGGCUCAAGCUUCUGCAUCUCUGUCCGCUCGUCGCUCCCACCGAUCCAGCAUGUCGCACGCUGGAAUGGGAAUCUUCGGUCAGAACGAGUCGGAACUCGAGAGCGGUACCGUCGGAGGUGUGCGUGCCGCCGCCUCGGACUCGGAUGACAAUUCCACGACCGGGAGCAAUCAGGAUAGCAGCACCGAAACUGCGCACGAAUCGUCCGCCUAUCGCGGCCUACCUCGCAGUCUAGCCGCUUACGUCGACGACGAAGCGGCCGGCUGGACUAUGCAGGGCGGCGCUGAUUUCGAGGGCAGCGAAGAGGAGAACAGCGAUCGCUUCUGGCCCGAUCGAGUCGGAGGUGCUUACUCGCGACCGCUCGUUUCGAGCAACGCAGGUCGCAGGCGCGGCAAAGCUCAUCUGAAGCGCCGUCGUGGACGACCUAGUGACGAGAGCACCUCGGGCGCCAACUCGUCUUCGAAAGACAGUCGAUCUCACGGAGACAUCAAAGUUGCCAGAGCAGAGCUGGCAGAGCCGUCGGACCAGGCAACUCUGCGUCACUUGGAUUCAGGCUGGAGCACGGAAGAUUCGACCGCAAGCACCACGCUGCAACGCGCCAACGGCCGUGAAGCAUUGGUGGAUGCUGUGCGUCGUCGCCGUGCUGCUCAAGCCCACAGCGCAGCCAGCACUGCCAGCGAUGCUGACACCGACAUCGACAGUCAGCGUCGUGCCAUCGAGGCCAAGCACAGUCUAGCCUUGUCCUCCCGAACUGGAGUCAACGGCGAACCGCUCAUCCAGUCUGUCGCAACGCUGCACUCGGAGCUUGUCGAGGUGCUGGAGUGCCAGCUCUGCUAUUUGCUGCUCUACGAUCCUCUCACAACGCCCUGCGGUCACACCUUCUGCAAAUCAUGCUUUGCCCGCAGUCUCGACCAUGGCGAUCGGUGCCCACUUUGCCGAGCGGAUAUGCCCAACUUCUCCUUCUUCCAGGAUCAUCGUCCCAACACGGCUCUGCUCAAGAUUCUCACCUCUGACACCGCCACGUUUUCUGACGAUGACGGUAUCGACUCAGACUCAACGCAGGAAGCCAAGAUGACGGCUACGAGCACCUACGCAGGCAUCUCCAUCGCUCUAGGCUCCGACGAAGGCGCAGACGCGUCGAUGGGUGGAGGUCGUCGAGCUGGUCUCAUCGUGGACGACGAUCCCGAAUCGGCACCCCAUCAUUACGGGUUCAAGCGCCUCUACGAGCAGCGCAAGACCGCCAUCGAGCAGGAGGAGCGCGAAGCUCGAUUGUCGACACCGAUCUUUGUCUGCACUCUUGCGUUCCCGGGGAUGCCCACAAUUUUGCACAUCUUCGAGCCGCGAUACCGGCUCAUGGUACGUCGUUGCCUCGAGAGCGGCAAUCCGCGAUUCGGCAUGGUUCUGCCAUCCAGGAACAACGGCGGCACAGAAGAGUACGGCACGAUGCUGGAGAUCAAGUCGGUGCAGAUGCUCGCCGAUGGACGCAGCAUGCUCGAGACCGUGGGCUCGUAUCGCUUCCGACUGCUCGAAAAGGGGUCGCUGGACGGCUACACGGUCGGGCGCGUCGAACGAGUGGACGACAUCUCGCUCGAGGAAGAGGCCGAGCUGGAACGAGCGGUGCUUGUGCGUCGAACCGAGCUGGAGCGCAAGAAGGCGGCGGAGGCAGUCGAACGCCCGCGAGCCUGUCCCAUGGCACCUUCUUCGUCUGCACCUGUGCGAACGCAGCCCAGCAGCGAGGAAGGACAGCCGGCAUCCGACGCUGUCUCUGCUCGACCGGACAUGCCUAGGGCUGAGAGCGACGCGCUAUCCAUCUACCGCAAUUCGAGCUCAGCUGACACACGCUCUGAGCAGCAAUCAGAAGCGCAGCCUAUGCAGGCCAGCGGCACGACUGCUUCCCGCAGCAGCGCUGAGCGCGUCGAGCAUGAUAACGAUGACGACAAUGCGGAUGAAGCCGGCUUGCUCCCGUUCAAGCCUGUUCCUGCGGAGCCAUCAAUUGAGGAGCUCACCGACAUUUGCACCACCUUCAUCGAGACUCUCCGCUCUGGCUCAGCACCGUGGCUGCUGUCCCGUCUCAACCACACCUACGGUCCCAUGCCCAGUGCUGACGAAGUCGAAAGGCUCGGAUACUGGAUGGCGCUCGUGAUGCCCAUCGACGAGCACGAAAAGGCUAAGCUGCUCCCCAUCCGCAGUCGCCGACUUCGACUGUGUCUGGUGGUGCACUGGAUCGAACAGCUCCGACAGAGCUGGUGGUUCAACAGCGGAUGCACUGUCUCCUGA